AUGGCUACCGAUGCCGAUCCAGAGACACCGAUCGGGUACGCCAACGCUCCGCAGUCACCAUGGGGAAGCCCUGGAACCAACGGGGCCGGUUUUUCGGCGGUAUCGCACACGGCACAGCCUUGGACAUAUCACAACGCCAAUACCAGCAUGACCCGGCACUGGACACUUGGCAGGUUCACCUUGUUUGGAACGUCAAGAAACGCGGCGAAUGGUUCAUCGAACCGUCAUCUUAUACCGGUGAGAGCGCAAGUGCGGCCGGCGUCGUCGUGGACGUGGUACAACCCAGAAAACGGCGGUACGUUGAUAUUUGUGGGACAUGUAGUCCUCGUCAUCUUCGAGGUUAUCGCCCUUGUCAUCUCCUCACAGAGCCUCGAAAGGGUAAAGAAGUUUUCGUGGCUCGUUCACAGGGCCGAUUUUGUGUCCACGUUAUCGUUGAUAUCUAUGUGCGUCGAGGUUGGCGUUGGGAUCAUGGCCACCUUAGUGGCGUGCUCUUGCGUCGGGAUGGCUCUCUCCGUUGCCUUUGCCGCCCUCCUCUGCCUCAAUGCCACCGCGACGGGAUCCUAUCUCAUUUUUGCGAUGAAGACCAACCUGGACAAGGCUUUGUGCGACCAGUACGGCGACAGGGCGUCGGAGUGCUGGGCUGGGCUGAGGAUGGGCAUGGCGGUGGGCGUAUUCCGGGUAUUGUUACUGUGA